GCGAAUUGCGACAUCUCGGGCACAGACCGUCUCCGUCAGCGUAAUCGAAGAGGAGCUAAAAUGUUUGCGACAGGUAACAUCAAACGCCAAAAGACUCGCGAGCAAACAAGGAGUUUGGACAACGACAAUUUCCCAGUUAUGGGACGAAUCGAUUACAAACCGGACGCUUCUUACACUCAUCAUGAAGACAACUUCUAUUUUCGUUAUUAUAAUUCAAACGAACGCUUACAUGGGAGGACCAUGGAGGAUUGGUUGAGACCCAGCAUUUUUCUUGGAAAAGCUUUUACUCCUUAUCCUGGAUGUGCCCCAAGACCAUGGAGUGAAAACCCAACUGGAUUAUACAAUGUUCAAAAUACUCAUAGUUUGGAAAAUUAUAAAAGAGGAGUUCGGGCUAUGUUUGAAUUGUGUAUGAAAAUGGGAUUGAAGUAUUGGUCUGCUUAUGAUAGAGAUUUGGCACCUGAAGGAGAAACAUCCGAAGAAACGCAAUACAAUUACGAGCAAAUUGUCGAAUUAAUUCAAGAGUACCAGCAAAAAAGUGGAAUUCGUCCUUUAUGGAUUGGAAUCGAUUUUAAAAAUACUUACAAAUUUCGUAAUGGAGCAGUAACCAACCCAGAAGCCACCGUGGUAACUUACGCCGGAUAUCAAACAAAACGAGCUUUGGACAUUGCAAACAAAUUGGGGGCUGAAAACGUAAUGUUUUCUGGCUCCCAAGAAGGUUAUUUCAACGUCAUGAACACCGAUUUAAAUCGAGAAAUGAAAAAUUUCCACAAAUUCCUCAAAUUGAUGAUCGAACAUAAGGACAGAAUCGGAUAUCGCGGCCAAUUAUUGAUGCAAACCGUUUUCGAUACGCGAAAUAAAAACGAGGGGAGUAAAUAUUGUUACGAUUUUUCCAGUACUCUUUGUUUUUUGAAACAUUACAAUUUGGAUCGACAAGUUAAAUUGGUUGUUAAACCGGGACAUUUUACUUAUAUGGCAAAUGUUUAUGGAAGUUUGGGUUCGGUUGAUGUUAAAAACAAAAACCUUUACGACAUUCAUAAAGCUUCCAUGACCAUGAAAUCGAUCGUUGAAAAUGGAGGAAUGUCACCAGGCGGAUUGACUUUUUAUGUACCGCAUCAUAAAAGCACUUUUGACGCCAAAGAUUUAGCGGAAGCUUUUAUCACUGCCGUUGAUACUUAUGCUAAAGCUCUUCGUAUUGCUAUCAAAUUUAUAAAUGAUAUUCAAUUGAAUAAGAGUAUUCAGAUGAGAUAUGUUAGUUUUUCUUCUGGUUGGGGUUCAAAAUUCAAUAGUUCAGAGGCGAAUUUGGAUGAUUGCGAAGAUCAAUGCAGAAAACAAGAAUCGAACGUGAUGUUGCCGCCUCCAUCUCGUUCCGAACAUUGGCAAGCAGUUUUAACCAGAAACGUUGAAACGCCAUUUCUCAAGUAGGAAGAAGAUUUUUAUGUUGUGUUACAAGAUUCAGCACUCAUUACACUUUUAAAUAAAUAAUAAAAGUGUUAAUUGGUUUAAUUACCUU